AUGAAAGGCACAUACCGAUUUACGUGUUGCAGCAAAGAAAGCGAUGCGAGAUUCCCUGGGAAAUCCGAGUUGGCGUUCUUCGAAGGCCUGUUCAGUGAUCAAACACCUCGAGGAUGUGACACUGUGGUUGCUGACAGGAAACUGAGUGAUGCUCGCUUGCCGGAUGAUACAGUCUCGUCGACCGGAUCGUUGCGAAGAGCUGACAGGCCAGUCGAUCAGUUUCGGUUGAGACAUGCGUUGAAUGCGGAAAAGGAGAAUGGAAAGCAUAGGAAUGGUGAUGAUAAGCAGUCAAGAGCGCUUGGCUAUAGCCGCGACUAUCCGUUGUUCAUCUACUUCAUGUGUUCGGUUGAGUACCCAGAUGGGUCGAUGGAUACCUUCCCGGUGACUUUCCUGCCAACGUGUAUUAAAGAAGUACUUCGAGGAGGUAUACAACAAGGGGACAGUGGAAUUGAUGUAAACAGCGUGGUGGUCCGUCUGGAUCUAUACGUGAUGACGUGGCCGAGCGAGAAGAUAAUGAAAAAUCACCCACAUGAAGAGAGUGACACGGAUACAGACGAAGAUACUCAUACACAACGGCAGAUACGCUUUCUUGAAAAGAUGCCAAAGAAGGAAAGACUGGUGAUAGGCGAGUUGAUGAAUCGGCUAAAUCGUCUUGUCGAAUUGGAAAUGGUGCUGAUGGACAGCAGAAAGUUGGAGAUAACUGAAGAGAAAAUAAAGAAAAUCUCGGCCUAUAUAGAUCAUGAGUAUACAAGAGAGAAAGCGUUCAAAUCUGGCCAGAUCGAAACACGCUUGCGCCGUUGUCCUUUAGUGAUACAAUGUCCGGAAGCGGUGAAUCGUCUCAAGGAGAGAAUGAAUCAGAUGUUCUUGGAAUACUGUGUUCUGCGACGAGUGGGAGAUUCCAAUAUGUACUACUGCUGUCAGGUCGAGGAUAUUCCCGCAUUCGAGCGGUAUUCGAGACAGAACAGUGGAAGUAAGAACGAUGGAAGUGAUACGAGCGAGCUCUUGAGAAAAGAUCAGCUAUUCGACUUUUGGGUAAUACUUAUCAUCGAUGAUAAUAUCAAGUUACAGUUUUGUCAAAGCGAAGAAGUACAACGUGGACCCGCAUCAAGCCUUCCAGAUUCUGUCCACAUUCUUCGAGAACUUCAAGAAAGGCGCCAGCGGCAAUGUUGCGCAGCAGGGAAUAAAGAUGGCAGGAAAAUUAUUCGGAAAGAAAGAGAAGGCCUAGUGGCGUUAUGUAAGAACGAUGGAAGUGAUACGAGCGAGCUCUUGAGAAAAGAUCAGCUAUUCGACUUUUGGGUAAUACUUAUCAUCGAUGAUAAUAUCAAGUUACAGUUUUGUCAAAGAGAAAAUGGACGUCACUAUCGCAUUUUUGAUCUCGCAUGGCGUAAAUGUCGUCAGACGAUUCGUGUGGUGAACCAGGAGUUGUUGCUCAAUCGAAUGUUUGAAUUGAGAGAGUGUGAUUCGCUGCUGAUGACAAACAUGUUUGACUCUAUUUCACUACACGACGGCUCGUUGGAUCGUAGUAAUACUUCAUCAGUGUCGGAGGAUCAGGAAGUGGAUACACACAUUGCUCAUGGAGCCCGUUUCACUUUUCCACCUGGUUACUUUGCUUGUCCACUACAGAAGAAGUUAUGGUUUGAAAUUCAUCCACGUUUGCGACUUCCACGUGGUAGUGGACGCGAUCCGUUAGCGGCAGGUUGUGAAGCGUUACGUAUGUCGUUGGAGAGGUUUUCUAUACGUAACAGACCGAACACAUACGUCGUAAGAGAGUCCGAUGGCAGUGUUUCGUAUAUGCAACUUCAUACGUCGAUAGAAACAUUCAAUGCGUCAUUGAAACGUCAUCGAAUAAAUGUGAAAAAGAGAAAGGAACCAAAGUAG